CUCCCAUAUUCAUCAGCCCCCUGAAAAUCUUACUCAAUCUUCCAGUUGCGUAUAGAUAAUAAAAUCGAGAAACCGUUUUUGUUAAAUUAUUCAGGAAUUUACCAUUUCCAAUUUAUCUUCUGUUUUCUCAAUUUUUCCGAGAAAUUUUAAAGAGUGUAUAUAUACAUAUGUAUAGGAGUAUAUUUUUAACCUGGAGUCGGUAUCUGUGGAUGAUCUGAUGAAGAUGGAGUCCCAAAUGGUGAGUGAAUUGACUAAUGGCGUCCAAAAUCACUUAUCUCUGCAAUCUGUUCCUGGAAAGCAACCUUUUAUUAUUGGUGUUGCUGGAGGAACUGCGUCUGGCAAAACGACUGUGUGCAACAUGAUUAUUUCCCAGCUCCAUGAUCAGCGUGUUGUUCUUGUAAAUCAAGAUUCGUUUUACCACUCUCUCAGUGAAGAGAAGCUGAAAAAUGUUCAUGAAUACAACUUCGACCAUCCUGAUGCCUUCAAUACAGAGCUCUUGCUUUCAUGUAUGGAGAUUUUAAGACAUGGAGAGGCAGUUAAGAUCCCGGAUUAUGAUUUCAAGACUCAUAAAAGCUCUCCAUCGGUAUAUAAGGUUAAUCCUGCUGAUGUAAUCAUUUUAGAAGGCAUACUUGUCCUUCAUGAUUCUCGCGUCCGUGACCUCAUGAACAUGAAGAUCUUUGUUGACACAGAUUCUGAUGUUCGUCUUGCACGGAGAAUUCAACGUGAUACUGUCGAGAGAGGGAGAAAUAUCCAAAAUGUGCUUGACCAAUAUGCUAAAUUUGUCAAGCCCAGUUUCGAUGAAUUCGUACUGCCAUCGAAAAAAUAUGCAGAUAUCAUCAUCCCAAGAGGAGGAGAUAAUGAUGUCGCAAUAGACUUGAUAGUACAGCAUAUCCGACUGAAGCUUGGCCAGCACGAUCUGUGUAAAAUAUAUCCAAACAUAUUUGUUAUACACUCAACAUUUCAGAUUAGGGGUAUGCACACCCUGAUUCGUGAUGUCAAUGCAACGAAGCAUGACUUUGUAUUCUAUGCAGACCGAUUGAUUCGUUUGGUGGUAGAGCAUGGUCUAGGACACCUUCCUUUCACAGAAAAACAGAUAAAUACUCCAACAGGGAGUGUGUAUACUGGAGUUGUCUUCUGCAGAAGGUUAUGCGGAGUGUCAAUCAUUAGAAGUGGAGAAAGCAUGGAGAAUGCAUUAAGAGCAUGUUGUAAGGGAAUCAAACUAGGUAAAAUCCUUAUUCAUAGAGAGGGCAAUACUGGUCGGCAGUUGAUAUAUGAGAAGCUACCUGCAGAUAUUGCUAGCCGUCACGUGCUAUUGCUUGAUCCAGUUCUAGCUUCAGGAAACUCGGCGGUCAAAGCUAUAUCUUUGCUUAUCAGUAAAGGAGUUCCCCAACAAAACAUCAUCUUUCUUAAUCUUAUUGCUGCACCUCAAGGAAUUCGUGCUGUCUGUAAAAAGUUUCCAAAGCUGAAAAUCGUGACAUCUGAGAUUGACGCGUCGUUGAAUGAGGACUUGUGUGUGAUUCCAGGCAUGGGAGAGUUUGCAGAUAGGUACUUUGGCACAGAUGAAGAAACUGUUUUGAGACCUCAGGACAGAUUGCAGACUCAGAGAUGAGAUACAAUACUUCCCCAUUUCAAUCUCGUUCCAAAUUUUACAAUUCAAACACACAAUAUGAUUUGUUGGUGCUCAAUGGAAGACCUUUCCGUUACCUGCUUAUUUAUUCUGGAAUAAUGCUGGCGAAUGACUAGGGACUGGAAAUUUCAUUUAACAUAGAAAUAUACUUGCUCGUGUGCCUCUUAUCAUAGAACAACCAAUUAAAAAAUAUACAUAUAGGAAGUUGUAAUUAUUAAAAUUAGA